AGGUGGGCGCGCCCAAAACGGAACCUGGGGCGUCAGAACGAAAGGCAGUGGCGCCGCGCUUCCCGGCCGGACAGCCUCCAGCGCAGCGCCCCGGCCGGAAGCCUUCUCGCCGCCGCUUCCUCUCGAGAAGGCGUGGGGCGGGCUGUCCGGCCCGCAGGGCGGUCAAGCCCGCGGCGCCAUGGCUCACGUCGGCUCCCGCAAGCGCUCGAGGAGUCGCAGCCGGUCCCGGGGACGGGGGUCGGAAAAGAGAAAGAAGAAGAGCAGGAAGGACGCCUCCGCAUCCCAAGGUCGCAAGGCCAGCACGGCCCUCGGGGCGGAGGAGAGAAGCAAGCACAAGGCCCGGAGGAGACCACGAUCCAGCUCCUCCUCCUCCUCUUCCAGUUCUAGCUCUUCUUCCUCCUCGUCCUCCUCCUCUUCCUCCAGUGAUGGCCGGAAGAAGCGGGGGAAGUACAAGGACAAGAAGAGGAGGAGGAAGAAGAAGAAGAAGAAGCUGAAGAAGAAGGGCAAGGAGAAGGUGGAAGCACAGCAAGUGGAGGCUCUGCCGGGCCCCUCGCUGGACCAGUGGCACCGAUCAGCUGGGGAGGAAGAGGAUGGCCCAGUCCUGACGGAUGAGCAGAAGUCCCGAAUCCAGGCCAUGAAGCCCAUGACCAAGGAGGAGUGGGAUGCCCGGCAGAGCAUAAUCCGCAAGGUGGUGGACCCCGAGACGGGGCGCACCAGGGGAGCUGCCUAUUCCUUGCUGAAUGGAGACCCUCCCACCCCCAGGCUAAUUAAGGGAGAUGGUGAGGUCCUAGAGGAAAUCGUAACCAAAGAACGACACAGAGAGAUCAACAAGCAAGCCACCCGCGGGGACGGCCUGGCCUUCCAGAUGCGAGCUGGGUUGCUUCCCUGAGGGCCCCGGCUGGCCAAGGCCUGUGGACGGUGCUGGCGACCCGGCCUGGGCAGGCUUCAGGGUGCCAGUGGGAAGCCUGAUGAGUGCUGGUGGCCUUUUCCCCGUGGAUUGGCCUCUGGCCCAGCCCAGCCUCUUCUCAGGGGCAGGGGGUGGAGGAUGGGGUCACCAGCCUGCUCGGCACCCCCAUCUGAAACAGCGACACUUCUAAGCUAUUAAAGGUUCUCUGGUUAGAGACUU